UUUCAGUGUCGAAAAGGUCAGUAAUGUCAUCCAGAAUAUGCAAUUUUUAAAGCCAUCUAUGAUAGCAAGGACGACCAAUACCACAAAACAAUAUGCUUAAUCGAUGAUUAGUAUCAGCUUUCCAAAGAAGGUCGUUUUCAAGGCAGCAGACGACACUAAAUUAACACUAGAAGCUUUGGGAUAUCAAACUAUGGUGGAAGAAAUUCUUGACGUGGAAUGGGUUGAAACGAAUUUGUUCUAUAUUGGAGCGAAGAAAAUUCGAUAAAAUAUCAUUGUUCUUUUUUGAGAAAAAUGACAUUCUUGAUAACAUUCUUUUUGUUAUCAUUCCAGCAGUCUUCUUAAUCUUACAAAUGAAGAGAUAAACGUUGCUUUGGAG